CUUUUAUUAAAAAUGAUUUCAAAGAUGUAAGUACCUCACACACUGAAUUGAUCACGAAUAAACUAUUUUUAGGGGCUUUUUCACUUUCCUUUCGACGCUCCACCCUCUUGUCCAGUAAGUGGCGGUAAUGCGCCAAAAGGUGGUUUGCCAACCGUCAUUAAACUUCAGAAGUAGGAAAAGCUUUGAACGCAUUGUGUUUGUUUUCUUGCUUGUAACAAACUGCACGAACUUCGUAUUAAAGUAAACGGAAAUGCCGCAGCUGUUCUCCUCAUCGUAAACGCGAUUAUAAACUGUCAUUGUUGUAAAGAUGGAGUUUAUUAAAGAAGAGAAUGAAGACAUCAGUAUUACACAAUCAUGCAGAAUUAAAAGUGAAGAGACGGAGGAACAAAUAGACCUGAAUGUGAAAGAGGAAAGUCAAGAACUGAAUGAAGAGGACAAGAAAUAUAACACGGAAUCAACUGACCGAAAAAAAGCCAAAAAGCCCUUCACCUGCUCUCAAUGUGGAAACUGUUUCAUAGCCAAAAAAAGUCUUAAGUGUCACAUGAGAAUUCACACUGGAGAGAGGCCCUACAUGUGCCAAGAGUGUGGGAAGAGUUUUGUUUAUAGUGGAAGCUUUGCUGUGCACAAGCGAAUUCACAAAAAUGAGAAGCUUUUCACGUGCCAUCAGUGUGGAAGGGGUUUCACAGUGAAAGAAAAUCUUAAAAUGCACAUGAAAAUUCACACUGGAGAAAAGCCUUUUACAUGCCAAGAGUGUGGAAAGAGUUUUGCACUAAAAACAGGUCUUAAGGUUCACCUGAGAAUGCACACUGGAGAAAAACCUUUUACAUGCCAAGAGUGUGGGAAGAGUUUCACACAAAAAAUAAACCUACAGACUCACAUGAGAUUUCACACUGGAGAGAGACCAUACACGUGCCAAGAGUGUGGGAAGAGUUUUGUUUAUAGUAGAAGCCUUGAUGUGCACAAGCGAAUUCACACUGGAGAGAGGCCUUUCACGUGCCAAGAGUGUGGAAAGAGUUUUAUUUGUAAUGGAAGCCUUAUUGUGCAUAAACGGGUUCACACUAAAGAGAAGCUCUUCACGUGCCUUCAGUGUGGAAUGGCUUUUGCACGGAAAGGAACCCUUAAAAUGCACAUGAGAAUUCACACUGGAGAGAAGCCUUUCACAUGCAAAGAGUGUGGAAAGAGUUUUGCACGUAGAGAAGCACAUCGUUUGCACAUGCGAAUUCACACUGGUGAGAGACCGUUUACAUGCCAUCAGUGUGGAAAGGGUUUCAUACAGGCAAAGAGACUCAAAAUUCAUCUGUGUUCACACCUGUAAAUUCAUGCAAAAGGGAAGCCUUAAGCAGUGCCUGUGGCGUGCACAGAAAUGGGGGCAGCAGGCGCGUGAGUCCCUUUCAUUCACAAAUCUUAAGGUGCCCUUUUGGUCAUUCAGAAAAAGGGAAGAAUUUGUAAUUAUAAUAAUAAAAUAGUUAAAUAAAACAAUUAAAUCUCAUAAUAAUAUCACAAUAACAGUAAUAAUGUGUUAUGAGAUUUCUUUGUUAAAGAAAAUUAAGCAGAGGUGCAUUUAACAGUGCACGCAACAGCAGAUCGGAGGUGGAUUCCAAUCGUAAGUGAUCCUCCUUAUGCCCUACUCUCUCUGAAGUGCUGAUCCCUUGAAGUGGGUACUCUGGUGGAAACAUGGCAUUACUGUAUGAAUUUGCUCUUCGCUAAUGUGGAAAGGCCCUUCGGUAAAACACUUAAUUUUCUCACAUUCGUUUGACUGAGCUUUCGAAUGUUGUCCCUCCCGCAGCAUUUCCAUUCAAGGGACAGUAACGCAGUUUGGACUUUGCCCCGGAACAUCAAAGUGCUGUUACCUCAGAUGAAUAACAGGUCAGAUAAAAAGACCACUCCAUGUACUGUGUUGUAAGUUCAUCAAAAGAAUACAAUUUGAUUGCUACCACAUUUCCAACAGUGCACUUGCAGUGUACAUAAUCCUAUUAAUUAUAAUAGGUGUGGUCGUGUGGCUGACCCUGCACUCUGACCCCAGCUUAGCUGAGAUAUGUGAAAACUAAUACAUUUCACUGUAUAUAUGCAAAAAACUGUGCGUAUAAUGUGUGACCAAAAUAAAGGAUUCUAAGGAUUCUACAUGAGAGCCCUAACCAAAAAAGCUCUGUGCCAUUACCAGGGUAAUAACAUGGUACUGAAUGAUUAUUACAUUUAUAUGUCAUGAUACUGUCAUUGUACUACAAGCAAGGUACUUUAAAAAAUACCAUGGUUUUACUAUGACAAGUCAAAAACAUGGGGUUUCCUUUUGAUUGAGUUCACGCAACACUGUGAGAAAUCGCUUUGGGUAUUCCUUCUCCGACUACCUGGUUGAAGCCCUUGUACAAUAAUGCCAAUCCUCUGAUUGGCAAUGGUGUUUGAGCACCGCCCCUUUAGGCACUUAGUUGGCCUAUAUUAGUGGGCACAAAAUCUGAAUUUUUUCAGAAAUAUCUUCUUUCAAGACAGCGACAUUAUCUCUCCUCUUGGAAGCCCUCUAUGCUUCUCCAUCGAGAUACAAUUCUUCAGCGGAUGGGAUCUUCUCUGCAGAAGCAGACAGGACGACUUAUCGCCUGUACUACUCAGCACCUGCAGCAAGAAGACUCACUGCUACUUGGUGUUCCAGCAAAGAUUCUCUCAGCCUCGCCGUCAAAGAUGCUUCUGGGUGAAUGGGUUCUUUGCUUCAGAUGCUCGUCUUUAAACAACGCUGCGCUUCAGCGAGACCCCACACUAUUCCCGCAGUGUUCUGGCAGGAGAUAUUAUAUCCUUUAUACUAAAAGUAUUUAUAUAUAUAUAUAUAUAUAUAUAUAUAUAUGUUACUAUAUCAUAAAAAGAGCCGCUUCUGUGCAUCACGAUUUGAGGGAAGAUCCCGCCCUCCCACCCGCCCAGUGGGAUCCCGAGGGACCACAUGAGGAGGCACAGUGGGGCUGCAACGUUAAGAUGGAUGAAUUCGAGGAGGAUCUUGCACCAGCGCAACCCCUACGAGCCCUCCCGAUCAUCCGAUGUAGCGUCCUCGCCAGUACAGUAUACACGUGAUGAGAUCCGGCCCUCUGUCGGAGUGCACGGCCUUAUUACGUUUGGCUGAUCUGACAAUGGAGAUGAUGCCAUGUCCUUGCAGCUGCUCUGACUUCAACAUAUAUAGCUGAGCCUUCGUUGAAGCCAGACCCACAUAAUUCAUGCUGUUCAUUUCCCCUACCUGCCAGAGUUCGCCUAGAGGCUACAAAUAUAUGUUGUUUCUGUGUGUUGUGUCCAUAGAAAAAAUGUUCACUCUCCCUCCACACCAGAGUUCACCAGGAGGUUAUACAAGUUGUUUCUGUGUGCUGUGUUUAUAUAGACAGUUUUCUCACACAACAAAAAAAAACAAAUGCAUUCGCCACACCUGCGCAAAAUGCACACACACACAUUCACACGUUGCUCAACUUUGGUGCGUUGUGCGAUGGAUGCCCAGCUUUCGGCACGUGGACAGGUGCGAAGCAGGCAUGGCACAUCAACUGCCUAGAACUGCUAGCUGACUUCCUAGGCUUGAAGGUUUUUCAUUCCAACAUAGUGAUUCACCAUGUUCUGAUUCGUUCUGACAAUAUGACAGUAGUGGCAUGCAUAAAUCGUCAGGGUGGAACUUGUUCGCUGCCAUUGAUGAGCCUGGCACAGCAUCCUCUCCUGUGGAGCGGGCACCAUCUCUUCCUGCAAGCAACAUUAGUCGGGUUGCCUGAACUGCAGAGCGGAUCUGCAGUUGUGCCAGGGAGCGAUGUCAGGGGAAUGGAGACUUCAUCCUCAUAUGUCCUGAGGUAUUGAUAAGUAUCUGGCAAAGUGGAAGUUGACCUAUUUGCCUGUUCGGAAAAUGCCCACUGUCCCCUCUGGUACUCCAUGUCCCAAGCCGCACUGGGGGUGGAAGCCUUGGCACACCAAUGUCCUGUGAAAUGCAAGUGACCUUUCCCCCGGUAUUCCUCCUCCAUUCUGUUAGAAUCAGAGCCAGAGAGAACACCGAAAUGGCCCAAUCAGUCCUGGUUUCAGUAGAUGAUGGAGAUACUGGACAGCCCUCCGUGGAGGGACCUCUUCUCUCAAGCAUUGGGCACGAUCUAACAUACCCAGCCGGAACUGUGGAACCUACAUGUGUGACCCCAGAACGGAGUGCGUCGAAUGAGCCAGAAUCAGCUCAGUCUGUAAUUAAUACCAUCUUGCAGGCUAGAGCUCCGUCCACGAAGCACUGAAAUGGCAUGUAUUUGCAAAUUGGUGCUCAUCGAGUGGUAAAGACCCAUUGAAUUCUUAGGCAAUGUAGAUACUAGAUCCUUACUUUCUUUCAAGAGCAGAGACACAGGUAUUACCCCGCCAACACUUAAGAUUUAUGUAGCGACUAUGUCGGCAUAUCAUGCCCAAGAGGCUGGCUCCUCUAUAGGCAGAUAUGACUUAAUCAUAAAAUUUCUUAGGGGAACGAAGCACUUAAAUACCCCUCAUCCUGCUACAGGCCUAAUUUGGGAUUUAAAUCUGGUGCUGAAUGCACUCAUGAAUCCCCCCUUUUGAAACAUAAGAAUCUGUUGAGUUGCAUGUACUUUUUCUAAAAACCGCACUCUUGUUGGCUCUGGCCUCAGUUAAACAGGUGGGUGAUAUGCAGGCGCAAUUGGUUGACAGCUCCCGCCUGGAAUUUGGGCUGGGUCUUUCAAAUCCACCAUCAAACCCAGAAAAGGCGAUGUGCCUAUGGUUCGAUCCACACCCUUCAGAGCUCAGGUGGUCCACAUACAAAGCCUUCUUUCCCCCAUCGUUUUAUUCGGAUGAGGAGCAGGAGAUGUAUUUGCUAUGCCCUGUGCGGGGAGUAUACAUGUACGUGGAGUGCGCUUGCUAGUUGUCAGAGUUGUCAGAGCAGCUCUUUGGUUGUUAUGGAGGAUGAUCAAAUUGCAUGUCUGUUUCCAAGCAAAGGCUCUCUCAUUGGCUCAUUGAUGCAAUUGCCCUCGCUUAUGAAUCACAUGGCGACAGAUGCCCCAUUGGUGUGAAAACGCAUUCACCUAGUGGUAUGGCCUCUUCAUGGGCAUGGACAAAUUGAGCAGGUUGGUCUUCACAAAGCACGUUUGCUAGGUUUUACAACUUAGAUGUGGUGUUCAUCUCUUCACAAGUCAUCUCUGUCUGGAGCGCUUAAUGUUCCAACACUCAGCAGGUGAGCCCAAUUCUUUUUAUUAUGUACAGCUCUCGAAAACAUUAAGAGACCAUUGCAAAUUAUUAGUUUCUCUGGAUUUACUACUUUUAGGUAUGCGUUUGAGUAAAAUUAACAUUUUUGUUUUAUUCUAUAAAGUACUGACAUUUCUCAAAAAUUCCAAAUAAAACAUUGUCAUUUAGAGCAUUUAAUUGCAGAAAAUUACAACUGGUCAAAAUAGCAAAAAAGAUGCAGCGCUUUCAGACCUCGAAUAAUGCAAACUAAUUCAUAUUCAUUUUUAAACAACACAGUACUAAUGUUUUAUCUUAGGAAGAGUUCAGAAAUCAGUAUUUAGGGGAAUAACCCUGAUUUUCAAUCACAGCUUUCUACCAGUCUUUCACAGUGUUGUUGAAUGUCUUUAUGCCACUCCUGGUGCAAAAAUUCAUGCAGCUACCAGAUUCCAGCCUCUGCAACGAAUCUGCCCAAUUCCAGCCUUGUUGAAGUACCCCCAGAUCAUCACAAAUCUUCCACCAAAUUUCACAGUAGGUGCAAGACAAUGUGGCUUUAAGUCCUCUCCAGGUCUCUGUCUAACCAUUAGACAACCAGGCAGGUGCGGAGUUUGCGAUCCUUCACAUCGAAAGCGACAUUACGGGCAAGCUCUCACCUGAGACCAUUAUCGACGCAUAUGCAGGACAAAAAACGAAAAUUACUGUUGCACUAGUCUGGACAAUGUCUAGGUCUGUAAGUUUUAUUUCUCUGCCAAAUAACUGCUUAAGCUGGAGAAACUCAACACACUGCUUUCAAUAUGCUGUUCAAUAUGUUUCAAAAGUGGAGAGUAGGCUAUUGCGUGACUGUUCAUUUUUCCCGUGUCUCAAAAUGUUUUAAAUGUUUCAUUAAUAUUUUAACAGUGCAAAAGUGGUCCACAUUUCAUUGAUCCUAAUUGUGUCCGAAGUUCUGAACGAAGAUGCGAUGCGAAGUCAAGUGGCUGUUUAUGCGAAGUUCUACCGGUUUACAAAUAUGAUUGUAUUGUAGGCCUACUGUUUUUUUUCUUGGGUUAAAAAUAAAUAUGUGUUUAUUUAGCAUGUUUGUUUUGUCCAUAUGUGCUAGUGCUGAGUUCCCCAAUUGAUAGGCCAUGCAGGUCCCAGCUGCUACAAUGAUUUUUUUUUUUUGCCCCCCCCUGGCUCGAAUGUCAAACUCCGCCUAUGCAACCAGGUGGAGGAUUGAUGAUGAUGCACUCUUGUCUCUCAGUCAGAAAAUUCUUAAGAGAUGGUGAUUUUGCACCAGCUUACAUAGGCCAACUGCACACCUAAAGGGCUGGGGCUCAAACACCAUUGCCAAUCACAGGAUUGAAGUUAUUGUACAAGGUCAUCUACUAGGUUAUCGGAGAAGGAAUCCCCAAAGUGAUUUCUCGCAAUGUCUCAUUCCCUUCAUCUCAGGGAGCAGAGGUUACAUGUGUAACCAGAGACGUUAUCAGACCAUGUCUGAAAAUCUAUAAAUAAACAAGUGUAAUACCAUGUUGCUUUUUGUGAGAAAUAUAAAAUAAUUGGCUGUUAUUUAUGGCAAAGGAGAAAAAUGAAGGGGAAAAAAAAACAUUAUUUACUACAAUAAAAAUGCUUAAAUACUCAAAAAGCAAAGAAAUUAUUCAAGAAUAAAUAAUAAAAUCAGAGUCUGUUUUCAUUCUUCCGCCCCUGUCCCUGCUAUGGUCUGUGCACGUCACUGAGCCGUGCCCUCACUGCACGACUAUCAGACUACCUGAAACUCUGUACUGCUUACAUUACACAAGAUUUCUUGUCAUCUGUAUUCUUGUUGUAAUCAUUAGGAUGCUACGAUAUGUAAUUUUGUGACCGAUACUGUUACCAGUAAUUCACAGCUUAUUGUGACCAAUAAUAAUAAAAAAUAAAAUCUUGAUGUGUUUGAUUGUCACCAUAAUU